UUCUUCAAGUUUUGCUUUUCUUUUUUUCUUUUUUGCAAAUGAAGAAGUUUUUUAGUGUUUGACCAACAGCAUUUCGCGCCAGUAUCACACACCAAUGCCGAUACUCAAAUCUAAUGCUCAUCAUCCUCCUCUCUAUCUCCAUGUCCACCCUCAGAGUCAGACCUCCACGUUUCGUUCCAAAGCCAGUCUCAGACCCUCUCCUUUCUCUCUUCCACACCCGCUCUCUCUCACCCCACAAACACAAGCCCACCAAUUGGAACACAACCCACAAAUCAGUUCAAGCAAACCCACUUCUCUCCCUAUUAGAAACAUGCAAAUCCAUGUCCCAGCUGAAGCAAAUCCAAUCCCAAAUGAUCCUCACGGGGCUAAUCUCAGAUGGGUUUGCUUCGAGUCGCCUAAUCGCCUUUUGUGCGCUUUCAGAGUCGCGAAAUCUUGAUUAUUGUAACAAGAUUUUGUACAAUACGCAGAACCCAAAUGUGUUUUCUUGGAAUGUGGUCAUUAGAGGGUAUUCGGAGAGUGAGAAUCCGAGAGAAGCAGUUGUGUUGUAUAAGAAAAUGUUGAGAAAUGGUGGGUCGAGACCGGAUAAUUAUACUUACCCGUUAUUGUUGAAAGUUUGUGCUAAUUUAACUUUGAAUUUUACGGGUCGCAAGGUUCUUGGGCAUGUAAUGCGAUUGGGUUUAUAUUUGGAUAUGUUUGUUCACAAUGCUGUGAUUCAUAUGCUUGUUUCAUGCAGAGAAUUAGAGGCCGCACGUAAGGUGUUUGAUGAAGGUUGUGUGAGAGAUUUGGUUUCUUGGAAUUCUUUGAUUAAUGGUUAUGUCCGAAGUGGGUUGGCGUGUGAGGCGUUAAGGAUUUAUCAGGAGAUGGAGUUGGAGGGAUUUAAGCCGGAUGAAGUUACAAUGAUUGGAGUGGUUUCUUCGUGUGCCCAACUAGAGGAUUUGAGACUUGGGAGAAAAUUUCAUCUGUUGAUUGAAGAGAAUGGACUAAGUUUGACAGUUCCUCUUGCUAAUUCGCUUAUGGACAUGUAUAUGAAGUGUGGGAAUCUUGAGGCCGCUCAAGCAUUAUUUGACAACAUGACAAAGAAAACCAUUGUCUCAUGGACUACAAUGAUAGUGGGAUAUGCCAAAUAUGGGUUUCUGGAAAUUGCUCACAGGCUAUUGUAUGAGAUUCCAGAGAAGAAUGUUGUGCCAUGGAAUGCAAUGAUUGGUGGCUAUGUGCAAGCCAAGCAUAGCAAGGAGGCUUUGGCUCUGUUUCAUGAAAUGUAAGCUAGUAAUAUAAAUCCUGAUGAAAUAACCAUGGUUGGCUGCUUAUGUGCAUGCUCACAAAUUGGAGCACUUGAUGUCGGGAUAUGGAUUCACCAUUAUAUUGAAAAACAUGGUCUUUCUAUAAAUGUUGCUGUGGGGACUGCCCUUGUAGACAUGUAUGCUAAAUGUGGGAAUAUCACAAAGGCUCUCAAGGUCUUCUGGGACAUGCCAGGAAGAAACUCUUUCACUUGGACAGCUAUUAUUUGUGGUUUAGCCCUUAAUGGACAUGCACAUGUUGCCAUAUCUUACUUUGCGGAGAUGAUAAAUACAGGAUUGGUGCCAGAUGAGAUCGCUUUUCUUGGGGUCUUAUCAGCUUGUUGUCAUGGGGGUUUGGUUGAAGAUGGUCGUAAGUGCUUUUCCUUAAUGACCUCUAUAUUCAAUCUUUGCCCUGAACUUAAACAUUACUCUUCCAUGGUGGACCUUCUCGGCAGGGCUGGUCUUUUGCAAGAAGCAGAAGAGCUUAUCCAUAGCAUGCCAAUCAAGGCAGAUGCUGUGGUGUGGGGUGCAUUAUUCUUUGCUUGUUAUAUUCAUAAAAAUAUUUUGAUAGGAGAAAGAGCCGCUUCCAGGCUUCUUGAGCUGGACCCUCAUGAUAGUGGAAUUUACGUUUUGCUUGCAAAAAUGUAUAGGGAAUCACAUAUGUGGGAGGAGGCAGAGAAGGCACAAAGUAUGAUGAAGGAGAGAGGAGUAGAGAAGACUCCUGGUUGUAGCUCAAUCGAGGUGAAUGGCACUGUACAUGAGUUUAUUGUUAGAGACAAAUCACACCCUCAGUCGAAACAGAUAUAUGAUUGUUUGGUUGAGUUAACAAGACAAAUGGAGCUUGUUGGCAGCAUAUCAGAAGUUCCUGCAUUUUGGGAUAACUUCCACCUUGGUGCUGAAUUUUAGGCAACAAGUUUGAGUCAGCAGGUGAAGGAGAAGAGUGCAGAUGAGAAGGCCUCCAUUUCAAACUGUCAGACAAUGUCCAAAGAGUGCAUUUUAAGACUGUAGUUUGAUUCGAAGAGUACUAACAGAAAACUUGGACAGUAAUAUGACUGCAACAACUGAAGAACUUCUCUAUUAAUUGUUUAUCCUUGGUGCUUCUACUCUGGGUUCUUACAAGGAAAACAUGGUAGCUGUUCUUAAGCAGCACCAAAAUGUUCUCAAGGUUGCUAGCCAAGAACAUCUCAGUUCCAUCCUAUGCCAAGGUAUUGGAAAUUUCUCGAUGUGCUUUUCGUGAUCUGCUCUUUAUUAGAGAUUUUCUGCACGAGGUAACUGAAUAUAAUUAAGGGUGGCAGAGUUUAGACAGGAAAGGCAUACAGAGCUGCCCCUGAUCCAUUGUUGGUUUCUUCAACUGCUUCACUUCUUCUGUUGGGCUUGAAAUGAAUCUGAAGUUAAGUGUUUGGGUAGAUUUGCGUCAAAAAGAGCAUGUCUAAAAAUGCAUGUGGCUUGCGGAGUUGCAAUGAGAAAGAAGAAAGCAAAGUCGUAUUAAUGGGGCCCCACCACAGGUAGCAAUGGGGACAAAACGCAGCCAGCUUAUUUUUGAUUGCAAGCGACACGUCGGCAGACAAAAAGAAUAGAGAAUAUUUAUGAUUUGUCCACUUCACUUCCCUUGCACGCCAGGUUUUUAUUCCAUCCUCCUCAUCACUCAUUUCAUGUCUGCUCUGCUCUUAUUCACCUAAAGCUUUCCCUCUCUCCUUCACAUGCCUGACAGCCUUUACCAUUUUGGUAAGACAACCAGCUCUUGUCCUCUCACCCAUGGCACACCAAAAGCUCAAGUCGCCUAUCAAAAACUAUUGGGGGGGAGAGAGAGAGAGAGAUGGAAGAAUACCUUUUUUUUU